AGGUGGUGUCUGCUUGCUAUUAUUCUGCUGUUAUUUCAUAAUUUGCGUUGUAUAUUCUACAAUGUUUUAAUUUAUUUCUUGUUAUUUAGUGAGACACAUAACUUAUUAAAAUGGAUUUCGGAAUUUGCAAGACGCACUCCCGGACGACUAUGCUCGCGCUGGCGGUGUGCAACGUGGUCUCGCUGAGCGUCGCCACCAACCUCGUCAGCACCCUCAACCCUGAAGACAAGAUCUCCAUAAAGCGCGGCGUGGCAUUAACCGGUCUUGGAUUCGCGUACUUCACGUCACUGUUUUCGCUGCUGAACCUGGCGGCGCUGUCCACCGGCGCCGGCGCGCGCUUCCGCCACGCCUACCGCCUCAGCGUCGGCGACGUACUCGACAUCACCAACAAACUGGUGUCAGCUGUCCAAGCGGCGCUGUCGUGCGCUACGGGCGCCAUCGUGUGCAUGUGGUCGUGCACGCGCGACUUCAUGCGCUCCUCGCACUUCAUGUCGGAGGCCUACGCCUGGUUCGGCGCCGCCUACUUCUUCUACGACAUAUGGUCCAUCGGAGCGGAGCGGAGAAUGGUGUCAGCAGUGCAAGCGGCGCUGUCGUGCGCAACAGGAGCCAUCGUGUGCAUGUGGUCGUGCACGCGCGACUUCAUGCGCUCGUCGCACUUCAUGUCGGAGGCCUACGCCUGGUUCGGCGCCGCCUACUUCUUCUACGACAUAUGGUCCAUGUACAUGGUAUACGUCCAAAUGAGUAACAGCGCGGAGUGGAAAUCCAGGUUCCAGAAGCGCGUCUCCAAGAAUGGCGAACUAGUUUUGUCUUCCGGAGACGGAGCGCGCAAGAAACCCUCGGCUUCCUUCCUGGAGUACUGCCGUCAUGAGCCUGUGAUCCUCAUGCAUCACCUUUUCAUUGGAGGAUUCGGAUUCCUGGUCAUUGUGCUGGUGUUAUCCUCUGGAGACGGAGCGCGCAAGAAACCCUCGGCUUCCUUCCUGGAGUACUGCCGUCAUGAGCCUGUGAUCCUCAUGCAUCAUCUUUUCAUUGGAGGAUUCGGAUUCCUGGUCAUUGUGUACUUCCGCGGCAGCUUCGGCGACUGCACGUUCGGCUUCGUGUACCUGAUGGAACUGUCGACGCCGUUCGUGUCCCUCCGAGGCAUCCUGUCGCGGCUGCGGCUGAAGGCGUCGCGCCUGUACCUGGCCAACGGGCUGGCCAUGCUCGGCUCCUUCCUGCUGUGCCGCGUGCUGUCGCUGCCCUACGCCUGCCUGCUGUACGCGCGCGCGCGACGCCUGCCCUACCUCGAGUGGCCUCUGAGGCACCCGUCGCGGCCGCGGCUGAAGGCGUCGCGCCUGUACCUGGCCAACGGGCUGGCCAUGCUCGGCUCCUUCCUGCUGUGCCGCGUGCUGUCGCUGCCCUACGCCUGCCUGCUGUACGCGCGCGCGCGACGCCUGCCCUACCUCGAGGCGUCGCGCCUGUACCUGGCCAACGGGCUGGCCAUGCUCGGCUCCUUCCUGCUGUGCCGCGUGCUGUCGCUGCCCUACGCCUGCCUGCUGUACGCGCGCGCGCGACGCCUGCCCUACCUCGAGGCGUCGCGCCUGUACCUGGCCAACGGGCUGGCCAUGCUCGGCUCCUUCCUGCUGUGCCGCGUGCUGUCGCUGCCCUACGCCUGCCUGCUGUACGCGCGCGCGCGACGCCUGCCCUACCUCGAGGCGUCGCGCCUGUACCUGGCCAACGGGCUGGCCAUGCUCGGCUCCUUCCUGCUGUGCCGCGUGCUGUCGCUGCCCUACGCCUGCCUGCUGUACGCGCGCGCGCGACGCCUGCCCUACCUCGAGGCGUCGCGCCUGUACCUGGCCAACGGGCUGGCCAUGCUCGGCUCCUUCCUGCUGUGCCGCGUGCUGUCGCUGCCCUACGCCUGCCUGCUGUACGCGCGCGCGCGACGCCUGCCCUACCUCGAGGCCGUGAAAUCCCUACCGACCGGCUGCAAGAUCUCCAUUUGCAUCCUCCUGCUACCCCAAUUAUACUGGUUCUACCUGAUGUCAUCCGGCGCCAUCAAGAUGCUACUAGCUCCCCGCGACGCGCCGUCUGCCGGCGACGCCAAGCACAAGCGCAGCUGAUGCCGCCGCCGCCGCCGCUAGUCGGCGCCGCCGGACCCGCCGGGCCCACGCCGGCACCCGCCGGACACACGCCGGAACCCGCCGGACCCACGCCGGAACCUUCGGCGUUUACGUGCGGUGAGUCGUAGGGUCGUGUAAGGUGUGGUUAGGGCAUGCCGACGCCGGUUUUCAAUUCAAUUACUACGUAGUUAUAUGAAUCUUUUAAUGCUGGGUUCCAGUGGCCUAAUUCACGUAUUUUGAGCAAGAUCUCGCUGACGUUCAGAAGUCGUCCCAUUGAAAAACAGUUCUAGAUCCGUAUUCACAAGGGUCAUUUUCGAUAGAACGAUUACUCGAUAGGAUCGCGACUCAGCUAUUUGUUGUCAUUGAAGUUUUGUUACGUCGUCCCAUUGAAAAACAGUUCUAAAUCCGUAUUCACAAGGGUCAUUUCGAUAGAACUAUUACUCGAUAGGAUCGCAGCUGAGUGUUUUGUAGUCGUUGAAGUUUUGUUACGUGAAUAAGGCUACUGGGCGGCUACUCCAAAACGCUGUUUCGAGUCUUAUCUGUCUCCGUCGCUCUAGCUUUGUGUGAGAAGGAUGGCAACAUUCGAAACUUCGGAGUAUACUCACUCACAGUCUUUUGUUUAGUAACUCCAUACAUCCGUUCGUUAUAAAAUUGUAGGUGAUUAAACUGAUAUAAAAACAUAAUGUAAUUCGUACAUCCGAGAUUAUGUACAUAGGCGAAUAUUACAUACAGGGUGUUUCAAAAUUAGCACGUCACGACAACGGUAGUAGCUGGGUCUAAGACAUCAAGCAUCAUCGAUGUAGUAGUAGUAGUAGAUUUUGGGACACCCUGUAUAUUUUUCAUAAUGGUUCUACCAGGGCAUGCCCGAUGUCACACCGUUAAGAAGUCUGUAAACGAUCGAUUACGCACUCGGCGAGUUUUUUUAUUUAGUUAAUUGGCAACACAGUAGCAUGAUAUUGGGCGAUGUUACCAGUGUAGCCAACAAAAUACCGAGAAAAAGUUGAUUGCUUACAGACCUUUCGAAGGUACGGCGUUCGCUGUAUUAGUUGAUAUGACGUAGUGGUUUGUAUUGUUAGUCCGGCACCCCUAUUCUCGACAUCGAUUUCGCCUAAUCGAUAUGGACAAGACAUUUGAUUGAUUUUUGACCUUAUUACAAGGUAAUAAGAUCGACAGAUGCUUGUCUAUGGUGAUCGGGAAAAAUCGGCUCGAUGGUAGAGGACCAGUUGCUAUUGUUUAUGCCACGACGCAACGCGUUAACAUGUAUAAUGUCAAAGAUUUUGUGACAAAGCGUGGGUGUGGUCGUGCCAUAACUGACCCGUUGUUAUAAGUGACGACGCGACUAAGUCAGUCAGUGCCUGAGGUAUGGCACGCUGACGUUUGACGUUACAAAAACACCUUGUUUUUGUAACGUCAAACGUCAGCGAUAUUCAGAUCUUCUUCAGAUGUAUACAGGGUGUUAGGUAAAUGGGUAUAUGAGCCGACACUAACCCAUGUUAACAUAUGCAUAUAAAUGGUAUGGUGAAGUCAGAAAUUUGAUAUCAUCAUUUUAGUUUUUUAAAUGUUCAUACAAAAU